AGUUAGGCCUAUUGUAUUUAUCAUGUUAUCAAAUGGUUGAGAACAUUGUUUUGAGUUAACAUGGAUAAAGCCUCAAGAGCAAUUCGCAGAAGUGGAGCCAAGUUGAAGUCCCUAGGAUCAGGAGAAAGUUCCGAUUUGAAUGUGAUGAUAUCUGAAUUAAAAGAUAUGAGAGAGAGUGCUAAAGGCUUCAUGAAUGCUCAGAACUCUGCAUGUCAAGAUAUGAUGAGAUGGGCAGUAAAUGAAGAAAAUCGAGCCAUUCAGGAUGUUGCCAAUCAUAUUACUGAGUUAAAUCUUUUGUGGACAGAUGUUCAGAAAGAUUUCAUCGGACAUUUGAAAGAAUACAAACAAAUGUUUGAGAUGGUCUUGGAAGGAGAAAAACAUGUCUCACAAGCCAAAGAAAACCUGAGCAACUGUGAACAGAAAGAAUCAAAAUUGAGAAAAGACUUGAAUAAGGCUGAAAAGAGAAACUGUGAGGCAGAUAGAAGAAAUCUGGAAACCAAAUUAUAUGAAGCACAGUCAGAAAGAGAGAAGGCUGAAAUUGAAGUCACUGAAAGAAUACGAGAAAAUGAGGCAGUCAAGAUGAUUCGAUUAAAAGAGGGCUUUGUAAGGAUUGCUGAAGCCUACAUUGAGUUGGGGAAGAAAUGCUCUACAGUUUUUGAGGCUCAGAAGGAUGUUGCCAUGGAGAUCCCUGAUGUUCAUGGGAAAGAGUUAGAGGAAGUGAAGUAUACAGGAUCCUGCAAAACACAGAACCAUCUGUACAAAGCAAAGGAAAAAUUACACAAGUACAGAAGAGAAUCCUUUAGACUGAAUCCACAGCCAGCUUUUCCAGUAUACUGCUGCAAGACACCAGAUGUUGAAGAAGAUGAUCCACCCCCUUAUUCCCCAUUAAAACAACAGACACCUUACAUGGAUGACAAAACCAGCAAAGGAUAUGAUGAAACAUCCCAGGACCAGAUUGUUAUAGAGGGAAUAUGACUCCAGUUUGUUGGAAUUAAUGCAUCAGACAUAAAUGUAACAGCAGGUAGAUAUGACAGUCAGGCAAACAUUAAACCACCAUUUGAUAUUGGAUUUGAGGGAUUGGGAGAGGUUGUAGAAGCCAGCAAGGGUUCCCCCCUGCCUGUGGGACAAGCUGUCAUGUACUUUAAUCAUGGUGCUUUUAGUGAUUACAAGGUAUUAAAAGCAAAGCGAGUAUUUCCUAUACCUUCUCCUUUGCCUCAGUUCUUGCCAUUUCUUGUUAGUGGUAUCACUGCCUCCAUAGCCCUGGACAAGGUUGGUGAAGUCAAAAGAGGAGACACAGUACUAGUUACAGCUGCAGCAGGGGGUACUGGAAUGUUAGCUGUACAGUGGGCCAAGUUAGCAGGGUGUCAUGUCAUAGGAACUUGUUCAACUGAUGCUAAAGUAGAAUUUCUCAAGAAAAUUGGUUGUGAUCGUCCCAUUAAUUAUAAGAAAGAAAAUUUGAAAGAAGUCCUCAAACUAGAGUAUAAGAAUGGUAUUGAUGUAAUAUAUGAAUCCAUUGGAGGGGAGAUGUUUGACAUAUGUGUUAACAGCUUAGCAAUGAAGGGACGAUUGAUUGUGAUAGGCUUCAUUGAGGGUUACCAGUCAGAUCUUGGCUUCAAGCCUUCCAGAACAAUGGCCACAAUACCUGUUAAGCUGCUCAACAAAUCUGCAAGUAUUAGAGGGUUCUUCCUGGAACAUUUCAUGUCUGAUAUCCCACUGUAUAUCAGUAAAAUGAUCAAGUUACAACAGGAAGGCAAACUCCAGAGCUUUGUGGAUUUGGGUGAAAACACAGAAAAGGGACCAUUUAAAGGCUUAGAAAGUGUAGCUGAUGCAGUUGAGUACCUCUACACACAGAAGAGCAUAGGUAAAAUCAUUGUUAGUUUGAAUGGAGGACCUACCAGUAAAUUGUGAACAAUUUUAAUUGGUGCUACAACAUUCGGCUUCCUCCUGAACACCACUUGUGUACCUAAUGUGUUGAAGAGAAGUGGCCGUACCUUGUACUAGUGUUAAUAAGCUAGUCGUUAGAAACGAGGAAAAAUCCUAUCAUAAUCGAAGGAAAUAGCAAAUACGGAAUAUUUGAAUACACAAAUCAAUGAUCAGCAUGUUUGCUUGUUACCAAUGAUUAAAUACCAGUGCCCAAGGUCACCCAUCAAGUAUCACAAAGGAUUAUAAUUAUUGUUACCUUCAAAUAGAAUAUUUUAUAGUCUACUGAUUUCUUUCCUUUGUAUAGAUUGUUAAACAGAAUGCAGAUGAACAUGAUAUUAAAACAGAAUAUAAGCGAU